AUGAGGGUGCUCUGUGCCUUUCCUGAAGCCAUGCCCUCCAGCAACUCCCGCCCCCCUGCGUGCCUAGCCCCGGUGGCUCUCUUCUUGGCUCUGUUGCUCCAUCUCUCCCUUUCCUCCCAAGCUGGAGACAGGAGACCCUUGCCUGUAGACAGAGCUCCAGGUUUGAAGGAAAAGACCCUGAUUCUACUUGAUGUGAGCACCAAGAACCCAGUCAGGACAGUCAAUGAGAACUUCCUCUCUCUGCAGCUGGAUCCGUCCAUCAUUCAUGAUGGCUGGCUCGAUUUCUUAAGCUCCAAGCGUCUGGUGACCCUGGCCCGGGGACUUUCGCCCGCCUUUCUGCGCUUCGGGGGCAAAAGGACCGACUUCCUGCAGUUCCAGAAUCUGAGGAACCCGGCAAAAAGCCGUGGGGGUCCCGGCCCGGAUUACUAUCUCAAAAACUAUGAGGAUGACAUUGUUCGAAGUGAUGUUGCCUUGGAUAAACAGAAAGGCUGCAAGAUUGCCCAGCACCCUGAUGUUAUGCUGGAGCUCCAACGGGAGAAAGCAGCUCAGAUGCACCUGGUUCUUCUAAAGGAGCAAUUCUCCAAUACUUACAGUAAUCUCGUAUUAACAGCCAGGUCUCUAGACAAACUUUAUAACUUUGCUGAUUGCUCUGGACUCCACCUGAUAUUUGCUCUAAAUGCACUGCGUCGUAAUCCCAAUAACUCCUGGAACAGUUCUAGUGCCCUGAGUCUGUUGAAGUACAGCGCCAGUAAAAAGUACAACAUUUCUUGGGAGCUGGGUAAUGAGCCAAAUAACUAUCGAACCAUGCAUGGCCGGGCAGUAAAUGGCAGCCAGUUGGGAAAGGAUUACAUCCAGCUGAAGAGCCUGUUACAACCCAUCCGGAUUUACUCCAGAGCCAGCUUGUAUGGCCCUAAUAUUGGGCGGCCCAGGAAGAACGUCAUCACCCUCCUAGAUGGAUUCAUGAAGGUGGCAGGAAACACAGUGGAUGCAGUUACCUGGCAACAUUGCUACAUUGAUGGCCGGGUGGUCAAGGUGAUGGACUUCCUGAAAACUCGUCUGUUAGACACCCUCUCUGACCAGAUUAGGAAAAUUCAGAAAGUGGUUAACACAUACACCCCAGGAAAGAAGAUUUGGCUUGAAGGUGUGGUGACCACCUCAGCUGGAGGCACAAACAAUCUGUCAGAUUCCUAUGCUGCAGGAUUCUUAUGGUUGAACACUUUGGGAAUGCUGGCCAAUCAGGGCAUUGAUGUUGUGAUUCGGCACUCAUUUUUUGACCAUGGAUACAAUCACCUCGUGGACCAGAAUUUUAACCCAUUACCAGACUACUGGCUCUCUCUCCUUUACAAGCGCUUGAUUGGCCCCAAAGUCUUGGCUGUGCAUGUGGCUGGGCUCCAGCGGAAGCCACGGCCAGGCCGAGUGAUCCGGGACAAACUAAGGAUUUAUGCUCACUGCACAAACCACCACAACCACAACUAUGUUCGAGGGUCCAUUACACUUUUUAUCAUCAACUUGCACCGAUCAAGAAAGAAAAUUAAACUGGCCGGGACUCUCAGGGACAAGCUUGUGCACCAGUACCUACUGCAGCCCUAUGGACAGGAGGGCCUGAAGUCCAAGUCAGUGCAGCUGAACGGCCAGCCCUUAGUGAUGGUGGACGAUGGGACCCCUCCCAGAACUGAAGCCCCCCGCCCCCUGCGGGUCGGCCGGACAUUGGUCAUCCCUCCAGUCACCAUGGGCUUUAUGUGGUCAAGAAUGUCAACCGCUUUGGCCUGCCGCUACCGAUAA